CGGAAGCACGUGUGGAACUUCAAAGUUUGUGUUUACAACUUUGCUGGUGAAUCAUCAGAAUGGUGAGGAAAAAGAUUGACAAUCGUUUACGGAUCCUCAUAGAAAAUGGUGUGGCUGAAAAGCAUCGGUCCAUGUUUGUAGUGGUUGGUGACCAUGGCCGAGAUCAGAUUGUGAUACUUCAUCACAUGCUGUCAAAGGCAGUAGUCAAGACCAGACCAACUGUCCUAUGGUGCUACAAAAAGGAACUAGGAUUUAGCAGUCACAGAAAAAAAAGAAUGAAACAGAUACAGAGGAAGAUCAGGAGUGGGAAACUGGACGUGAAAGAGGAUGAUCCUUUUGAACUGUUUGUGUCUUCUACCAACAUCCGCUAUUGCUACUACGCAGAGACUCACAAGAUACUGGGUAGUACAUAUGGAAUGUGUAUUUUACAGGACUUUGAGGCGCUGACACCAAACCUGCUGGCCAGGACUGUAGAGACGGUAGAAGGGGGUGGGGCUGUUGUCAUCCUUCUACGGACUAUGAAAUCUCUCAAGAAGCUUUACACCAUGACUAUGGAUGUCCACUCCAGAUACAGGACAGAGUCCCAUCAAGAUGUUGUCGGCAGAUUUAAUGAAAGGUUUUUGUUGUCGAUGGCAUCCUGUAAGAACUGUAUGGUGAUUGACGACCAGUUCAAUCUCCUUCCACUGUCCUCUCAGAUAGUCAACAUACAACCUGUCCCUACUAAAUCACUGGAGGAUGAAGUAUCGCCAGAGCUACAAGAGUUACGGACCCUGAAGGAGUCGUUACAGGACACACAGCCUGUCGGGGCACUCAUCAACACAUGUAGAACACUGGACCAGGGAAAAGCAUUAUUAAAGUUUGUUGAAGCUAUUUCUGAAAAGACAUUAAGAAGCACGGUUGUGAUGACAGCAGCAAGAGGAAGGGGCAAGUCUGCAGCACUUGGACUGGCGAUGGCUACCGCUGUAGGAUUUGGGUAUUCAAAUAUAUUUGUGACGGCUCCAAGUCCAGAAAAUCUGAAGACUGUAUUUGAAUUCAUUUUCAAGGGAUUUGAUGCUCUUGAAUACCAGGAACAUUUAGAUUACGAGAUUAUACAGUCUACAAACCCGGAAUUCAACAAAGCCAUUGUGCGGGUAAACAUCUUUAGGGAACAUCGGCAAACAAUUCAGUAUAUCCACCCUGGCGACGCCCAUAAGUUAGGACAGGCAGAGCUGGUGUGUAUCGAUGAGGCAGCAGCCAUCCCUCUACCACUGGUUAAAAACCUUCUAGGACCCUACCUGGUGUUCAUGUCCUCAACUAUCAACGGCUAUGAGGGAACUGGUCGAUCACUGUCACUCAAACUUGUACAACAACUCCGACAACAGUCUGCCACCUAUGGUGGAACUUCAAAGGAGCUACAAAAAGCUGCCAGCAUGACCUCUAAAACAGAUUCUCUCUCAUCAGCAUCAGGUCGUGUUUUACACGAAGUAAAGCUGAAUGAAUCCAUUCGGUAUGCCAAUGGUGACCCAGUAGAGAAAUGGCUGAAUGACUUGCUGUGUUUGGAUGCGACCACUGUUCCCCGGAUAACCUCCGGGUGUCCUUUACCUGAGACAUGUGACCUCUACUACGUCAACAGAGAUACCUUGUUCUCCUACCACAAGGCGUCGGAAGCUUUCCUCCACAGAAUCAUGUCCCUCUAUGUCUCCUCUCAUUACAAGAACACGCCCAACGAUCUACAGCUGUUGUCAGAUGCUCCAGCUCACCAUAUCUUUGUUCUCCUGGGCGGGAUCGAUCCCAACCAGUCGGCACUCCCCGAGGUCCUGUGUGUGAUCCAGGUUUGUCUGGAGGGUGAAAUAUCCAAAGCUACAAUCCUCAACAGUUUGUCUCGUGGUGAGCGGGCCUCAGGAGAUCUCAUUCCCUGGACAGUCUCCCAACAGUUUCAAGACCAUGACUUUCCUGGACUAUCUGGCGGGAGGGUUGUCAGGAUAGCUACUCAUCCAGACUACCAAGGGAUGGGCUAUGGUACCAGGGCCCUGACCUUACUGGAGAAGUACUAUGAGGGGAAUAUACCAAACCUGUCAGAAACGAUGGACGAUACGGAAACUGAGAUAUCGACUGUUGGCGAGGAGGAUGUGAAUUUGCUGGAAGAAAGAAUUAAACCUCGGAAAGACCUGCCACCACUGUUACUGAAACUAAGCGAGAGGAAACCUGAGAGACUGGACUACCUGGGUGUGUCUUUUGGACUUACAGCUAAUCUGCUCAAGUUUUGGAAGAAGUCAAAGUUUACACCUGUAUACCUGAGACAAACAGCAAAUGACCUGACUGGAGAACACUCAUGUAUCAUGCUCAAGAUGCUGAACGAGGCUGACGAGGAGGACAAGUCGACAGAUUCAUGGCUAUGUGCCUUCUGGAAAGAUUUCCGGCGGCGCUUUGUGUCACUGAUGUCGUACCAAUUCAAGAACUUCUCUCCUGCUCUUGCUCUGAGUAUUCUUCAGCAGAAACACUUCAAAAAGGCGGCCAAAGGUACCAUCACCAAGAGAGACCUUGACCUUCACCUGAGUAAAUACGACCUGAAGCGUCUGGAGCUGUACUCUCAGAACAUGGUGGACUACCAUCUAGUGAUGGACCUUCUACCUACUAUAGCUCGGCUCUACUUCCUCGACCAGGCUGACAUCCACCUCUCUGCUGUACAGUCGGCUAUCCUCCUCGGUAUGGGACUCCAGCACAAGACUGUAGACGAGUUAGAGAAAGACCUUGACCUUCCAUCCAGUCAGCUGUUAGGACUCUUCAGCAGAGUUAUCCGAAAAAUUGUACAUGUGUUCAGUGAGGUAGUGGAGACAGACAUAGCUAAAGACAUGGUGGAGAGGAAGGAAAUCAUCAUGGAGCCUGUCAGACAGACCAUGGACGAGGAUCUGAAUGAGGGUGCGGAGGACGAGAAAAAGAAACAACAGAUGAAGGAUCUGGCGGUGAUGAAGGACAUGGAUCUGUCUGAGUUUGAGAUCCAGGGUACAGAACAGGACUGGAAUAAAGUCCUUACUGGCAAGUCUGGCAGAGGUCUCGUCAGCAUUAAAAGUGGAUUUAAGAAAAGGAAAAUGGAAGAAGCAAAACAAAAGGAAAGGAAAUCAGUAGAUAAUGAAGAUGUGCCCCCAGAAUUUAAAAAAGAAAAGAAACAUCAGAACAAGAAGUUCCAGAAAUCUUAACAGCUACUGUAUUGAUUGUGAUGGUUACAUCAGUCAUACGUUACAUGUAAUGGUUACAUCUGCUGUGUAUUACAUGUGACGGUUACAUCUGUCAUAUGUUACAUGUAAUGGUUACAUCUGCCGUGUGUUACAUGUGACGGUUACAACUGUCAUACGUUACAUGUGACGGUUACAUCUGCCGUGUGUUACUUGUGACGAUUACAUCUGUCAUACGUUACAUGUGACGAUUACAUCAACCGUAUGUUAUGUGACGGUUACAUCUGUCAUAUGUUACACGCGACGAUUACAUCAAUCGUAUGUUAUGUGACGGUUACAUCUGUCAUAUGUUACAUGUGACGGUUACAUCUGUCAUACGUUAC